GAAGGAGAAGAAAUUGUUGUUAAACUCAGCCUCCGUAUCUCAACAAAUCUCUCUCUCUCAAUAUAAAAUUAAACCGCUCCGGCUUUAUUGCUUUUAGUUGAAAUCCCCUCUUUCUUCUGAUAUUUUGUUGGGGUUUUUUUUAGUCGCUUCACGGGUUUCUUCUGCGGCUUCUUUUUAAUAUUGAGUUUGAAUGAGCUAAUGGAAACCAAAGGUGGUAAAAAGAAGUCUAGUAGUAGUAGUAGUAAAUCCUUGAUUUAUGAAGCUCCCCUCGGUUACAGCAUUGAAGACGUUAGGCCUCACGGUGGAAUCAAGAAAUUCAGAUCUGCUGCAUACUCCAACUGCGUCCGAAAGCCAUCCUGAGAUUCCCGAAGUUUUGACAUAAUCCCAUUAGGCUUUUUCAUUCUGUGCAAUUUAAUUUUUUGUUUUUCUCAUCAAUUCUGCAAUUUACAAGGCCUGUUUCUUUUCUGCUUCCCUCGUUCUCUUGUUCUCGCUCUUUCUUUGCAAUUGUUGUUCGUUUGCUGCUCUCUGUAAAGGAAGAUGGAAUUGCCAGUCUCUGCAAUUGGAUUUGAAGGUUUUGAAAAGAGGCUUGAGGUUUCAUUUUUCGAGCCUGGUGUCUUUGCUGAUCCUGAAGGUGCCGGUUUCCGCUCAUUCUCCAGAGAUCAAUUGGAUGAGAUACUGAAAUCAGCUGCAUGCACUAUUGUUUCCUCAUUGUCUAAUGAGUUUCUUGAUUCAUAUGUGCUUUCGGAAUCUAGCCUCUUUGUGUACCCUUACAAAGUUAUCAUCAAAACUUGUGGUACAACAAAGUUGCUUCUCUCAAUCCCUGCCAUACUUAAAUUGGCUGAUUCACUCUCCCUCAAGGUUCAAUCUGUGAGGUACACUCGCGGAAGCUUCAUAUUUCCUGGAGCUCAGCCAUUUCCACAUCGUAGCUUCUCUGAAGAAGUAGCUGUCCUGGAUGGUUACUUCAGCAAGUUUGGUUUGGACAGCACAGCUUAUGUGAUGGGUAAACCUGAUCCUGAUAACACCAAGAAAUGGCAUGUUUACUCUGCUUCUGCUGAAGUGGGGAAACGCUUAGACCCAGUUUACACUCUUGAAAUGUGCAUGACUAGCUUAGACAAGAAGAGGGCAUCUGUCUUCUAUAAAACUGAGGCAAGCUCAGCUGCUCUGAUGACUGAUGAUUCUGGUAUCAGGAAGAUUUUUCCGAAAUCUGAGAUAUGUGAUUUUGAGUUUGAUCCUUGUGGCUACUCCAUGAAUAGUAUUGAAGGGGAUGCUAUAUCCACCAUACAUGUCACACCUGAAGAUGGUUUCAGUUAUGCCAGUUUCGAGUCUGUUGGAUAUGAUUUUGAGGUUGUCAAAUUGGUACCCAUGCUGGAGAGGGUCCUGGCCUGCUUCGAGCCAGCUGAGUUGUCCAUCUCUUUGCAUUCUAACAUUGUUGGUGAAGAACUUGCAGCAAAGUUCCCUGUGGACUUGAAGGGAUAUGCUAUUGGAGAACAGAGUUUUGAAGUGCUUGGUAAUGGUGGCUCGCUGGUCUACUACAGCUUUAUCAGAGCUCACGAUUCGUCGUCUCCCAGGUCCAUUCUGAAAUGCUGCUGGAGUGAGGACGAGAAGGACGAGGAAGUUGAAGGGAAAUAGUCCCUGAUUUGAUAUUGUUGUCUCUAUUUUUCUUUUAUUGCUUUCAAUAAAAUAAAAUGAUGUUUUCUGGGGUUAUGUAGUAAUUGUAGGGUUUUAGCAACUUUGCUUGCCAAUUGGCGACUGUUUUAGACAUUCUGAAAAGGAUUUCUGUUCUUAGAUUUGCAGACAUAGUGCUGUUAAAUCAUUACCUAUCUAAAUAAAAGAUUUCUGUUGCUUACA